CGCGCAGCGAGCCGGCAAUCAAUGCGUGUUGGACCGCAGUCCGAGACGCUGCGACUACGUUUCAAUCUCGCUGCUUUGUGUGAUCUUCUAAAAAAGACAGUGCAUCAAUAAGGAUCACUCAAAAUGUUGGAGAACGAAACAAAAGACGUCGCGUCUCAGAAUGCCUCCGAAGACCCCAUCACGAAGGCAAUCGGGGCCAUUGGGAAGUGGCAAAUAUGGAUUUGCUUCAUCGUUUUCCUAGUCAAGUUCCCGGUGGCCUGGCACCAGAUGAGCAUCAUCUUCCUCGCUCCUCCCACGAACUUCACGUGCGCUGAAAACCCCUCGACCGAUCACUUCGACAAUAUUUGUCACGCCAACUGUACUGACUAUGAUUAUGAUCACAGCAUAUUCAAGGAAACAAUCAUAUCUCAGUGGAACCUCGUGUGUAAUAGAGAAUGGCUGAAGAAUCUCACUCAAACUAUCUUCAUGCUGGGAAUCCUCGUCGGGAACAUGCUCUUUGGACAUCUCUCUGACAGGUUCGGGCGUCGGAUGCCUUUCCUUGCCGCAGUUUUUCUCCAGCUGAUAGCUGGUGUAACUACAGCAUAUUCCGUGAACUGGUACAUGUUUACGACUCUACGGUUCUUCCUCGCCGUUGCUACUGGAGGAACUAUGGUCACCAGCUUCGUCCUCACCAUGGAACUGAUUGGGGCCAAGUACAGAGAAAGCGUUGGCAUUAUCUACCAGAUUCCCUUCAACAUUGGGCACUUGUCCUUGCCGUUAUUUGGCUACUACCUACGGGAUUGGAGCACUUUCCAGCUAGCUAUAUCUCUUCCAUCAGUGCUGUUCCUCAGCUACUAUUUCUUCCUACCAGAAUCGCCAAGAUGGCUAUUGACCGCUGGAAAAGCCGAUGAAGCAUCUAAAAUCAUGGAAGUUGCAGCUAAAAGGAACGGCCUCCCAACAGAAGGCAUUGCGUCGUCCACGCAGAAGAUGGUUGUGGAAAUGAGCAAUAAAGUGGAGGAGCACGCCUCGUUCUUGGCGCUGUUCCGAACGCCACGCCUGCGCGCGCGCACCGCUGCCAUCUGCUUCAACUGGUUCGUGUGCGGGCUGUGCUUCUUCGGCGUGUCGCAGUACAUCGGCCACGUCUCCGGAAACAUAUUCACUAACGUCGCUAUCUCUGCUGCUAUCCAGAUUCCAGGCACCUUGGUCUCAAUAUACGCCAACAGAUUAUUGGGCAGAAAGAAGACAUUGAUCACCUCCAACUGCAUAGCUGGCUUGAGCUGCUUACUGAUUAUGAUCGUGCCGCAUUCCGGGGCCAGCCACCUGAGUCUCGGCUGCAUCGGCCUGUGGGGCACCAGCAUAUCUUUCGCCACAGUGUAUCUAUACGCUGGAGAGCUGUUCCCAACAGUCGUCAGGAACUCAGGAGUGGGCCUGUCGUCUACAGUCGCGAGAAUAGGGUCCAUGAUCGCCCCGUUCGUGGCGACUCUAUCUAAAACUAGCCCAUGGCUGCCACCACUGGUCUUUGGCCUCAUUCCGCUUGCCGGGGCUGGCCUCUGUGUCAUCUUACCUGAUACCCGCGGCAAGAAACUCCCAGAUACACUAGAAGAGGGCGAAGCGUAAUCUCAUCUAGCGCUAAACGUAUUUAAGGCUUUUAUAAUGCAAAUAAUUUUAUUAAUCUUCUCAAAGUAUUCCUUAAUGUGCCUUGUGUAAGAAUUAAUCGACGUAUUUUUAAAUGUUACUCAAUGUAAUGAUGAGUGUUAUGACAAAAUAGUAUUCGUUGGAAUUUAUUUUUAACUUUGGAAAGUUAGUGAAGUCCUUUGUUGUGUUGACUAUUACGAGAUCUUUUUACAUAAUUUUAAGAAUUAGCUACGCUCCAUAAUAUUGUUCCCUAUAGGCAAUAGGCUAGAACUAAGUUCAACCAUGCAAUUGAUUGUCUAUGUAAAGGUACAUAAAGGCUGUGAUAAUUAAGUAAAUAAAGUGUAGCACAAUAUUA